UGUACAGAGCUUAACGUUCCCUUUCAGCCGAUUUAAGGCUUAGUGUCCUAGGCGAGACGUACACAGAACGAAAUCCCGCGGACCUCAGCCACCCAUCGAUCUCCAGCCACGUUGCCGUAAACAGAGCGCUACCGCGCUCAAUGCUGCUCUUCAGAUCGCGCAUGUGCAGACGCCGCAUCGCUUGAGCUGCGCUUUGCAAAGGCAGGAGGGCGCGCUGCACAUUCGGUUGGGCGCCCAAGUGAUGGCUUUAGUCUGCGGGUGAUCCGCCUCGCGCUUCCGCUGCCCCAGUUCUGCCCGCUGCUUCUCUGCGCCUCUGCCCAGCACCGCGGGGAAAUAUCCCGGGACGAUCCAGCGCAGAGAAGAAAAGGAGCAAAGAGCGGGAAACGAUAGAAGCUCCGCUGCCACCGGCUGGUCUUGUUUUGAAAGUUGCUCCGGCUGCCUCGUCCCACAGCGCAGGCGCUGCCGCAGUGAGGCCGGGCCGGGCUUUGCCAGAGCCGCCAGCAGGAGGAGGAGGAGGAGGAUCGGGGUUGCAGCUCUUUGCUCUCAUCCCACCCACCCCUCACCUCUGAUGAACCUCGCAUCCAGCUAGCCGUGCAAGCGUCUGCAGCCAGAGGAAGGGAGGGAGUCGGGAAAAUUUAUCCGAAACAGCAGUUUGCUCCGACGCCUGGGCCGUUCCAGACAGACGACCUUCCUGGGGCCGCCGCUCAACUAGCCGGGAUGGCCAUUCCGCUUAGCGACAGCGAAAAAAGGAAACAGAUCAGCGUGCGGGGCAUUGCCGGGCUGGGCGAUGUGGCGGAGAUUAGGAAGAGCUUCAAUCGGCACCUCCACUUCACCCUGGUGAAAGAUCGGAAUGUGGCCACCCCGCGGGAUUAUUUUUUCGCCUUGGCGCACACUGUGCGCGAUCACUUGGUGGGACGGUGGAUCCGCACCCAGCAAUAUUAUUACGAGAAGGACCCCAAGCGUAUUUAUUACCUGUCUCUGGAAUUCUACAUGGGCCGAACACUUCAGAAUACAAUGGUGAACCUGGGUCUGCAGAAUGCCUGUGAUGAAGCUAUUUAUCAG